AAAUAAGGGAGUCCCAUGUCCGGGUGAUUUGCAGGCGGCGAGCCCCGGCAGCGCUCGGAGCGAGCAGCGUUUGGUGUCCCGGGCAUCCGGAGCGCAUCCCAGCGCAUCCCAGCGCAUCCCAGCGCAUCCCAGCGCACCCCAGCGCGGCGGAGCGUUUCCCGUGAGCGGAGCAUGAGGCGAGCGGGCAGCGGGAGCGCCGGGAGCAGCCCCGGGAGCGGCGCCGGGGCCCGGGGGGCAGCGCUGGCGCUGGCGCUGUGCGCGCUGUGCGCGCUGCCCGCGCCCGUGCCCGCCUGUAGCUGCGCGCCCGCGCACCCGCAGCAGCUGCUCUGCGAUGCUGCGCUCGUGAUCAGAGCAAAAAUCUCCAGUGAAAAGGUGGUUCCUGCCAGCGAUGAUCCCCUUGAUAGCCACAAAAUGAUCCGGUAUGAAAUCAAACAAAUAAAGAUGUUUAAAGGCUUUGAGAAGCUCAAGGAUGUCCAGUAUGUCUACACCCCUUUUGAUUCAUCACUCUGUGGAGUGAAACUAGAAGCCAACAACAAAAAACAGUAUCUUCUAACAGGCCAAAUUUUAAAUGAUGGCAAAGUGCUGAUCCACUUGUGCAACUACAUUGAGCCGUGGGAUGAUUUAUCCUUGUCUCAGAAAAAGAGCCUGAACCAGAGGUACCAGAUGGGCUGUGGCUGCAAGAUCACCACGUGCUACUCGGUGCCCUGCUCCAUCACGGCGCCCAACGAGUGCCUGUGGACGGACUGGCUGCUGGAGCGGCGGCUGCAGGGCCACCAGGCGCGCCACUACGCCUGCAUCCGCCGCAGCGACGGCACCUGCAGCUGGUACCGGGGCGGGCCGCCCCCCGAGAAGGAGUUCAUGGACAUCAGCGAGCCCUGAGCGCCCAACGGCCCCUCCAGCACCGCCCUGGGAGGCUCCUUCCAUCCCUCCGGCCCAGAAACCAGCACCGCGUCCCCAGAGGGCCCGUGGGGCUGGCACCGCUGCAGGGCGAGGGACAAACCUCCUGCAGGCACCUGCUCUGCUCUGUUAUGCUUUGCGCAGAGGGCUGGCAGCGUCCUCCAAGGCACAACAAACCCCCUUCUUGCCAAUACGAAUGUACGAGAAUAAAAUUUUUCCAGAAUUUUGCCAAUGCGAAAGUUCGAGAACAAAUUUUGCCAGAAUUUUCUCCAAUUUUGCCAUUAUGAAUGUUCAAGAACAAAAAUUUUGCCAAUAUGAAUGUUCGAGAACAAUUUUUUUGAGAAUUUUGUCAAUUUUGCCAAUAUGAAUGUUCGAGAAAAAAAUUUUGCCAAUAUGAACAUUCAAGAACAAAUUUUGCCAGAAUUUUGCCAAUACGAAUGUUCGAGAACAAAUUUUUCGAGAAUUUUUUCCAAUUUUGCCAUUAUGAAUGUUCAAGAACAAAAAUUUUGCCAAUAUGAAUGUUCGAGAACAAAUUUUUCGAGAAUUUUGUCAAUUUUGCCAAUAUGAGUGUUCGAGAACAAAAAUUUUGCCAGAAUUUUGCCAAUAUGAACAUUCAAGAACAAAUUUUGCCAGAAUUUUGCCAACGCAAAUGUUCAAGAACAAAUUUUGCCGGAAUUUUUUCCAAUUUUGCCAUUAUGAAUGUUCAAGAACAAAAAUUUUGCCAAUAUGAAUGUUCGAGAACAAAUUUUUCGAGAAUUUUGUCAAUUUUGCCAAUAUGAGUGUUCGAGAACAAAAAUUUUGCCAGAAUUUUGCCAAUAGGAACAUUCAAGAACAAAUUUUGCCAGAAUUUUGCCAACACGAAUGUUCAAGAACAAAUUUUGCCGGAAUUUUUUCCAAUUUUGCCUUUAUGAAUGUUCAAGAACAAAAAUUUUGCCAAUAUGAAUGUUCGAGAACAAAUUUUUCGAGAAUUUUGGCAAUUUUGCCAAUAUGAGUGUUCGAGAACAAAAAUUUUGCCAGAAUUUUGCCAAUAGGAACAUUCAAGAACAAAUUUUGCCAGAAUUUUGCCAACACGAACAUUCAAGAACAAUUUUUUCCAGAAUUUUGCCAAUACGAAUGUUCGAGAACAAAUUUUUCCAGAAUUUUGCCAAUAUGAAUGUUCGAGAACAAAUUUUGCCGGAAUUUUCUCCAAUAUUGCCAUUAUGAAUGUUCAAGAACAAAAAUUUUGCCAAUAUGAAUGUUCGAGAACAAAUUUUUCGAGAAUUUUGUCAAUUUUGCCAAUAUGACUGUUCAAGAACAAAAAUUUUGCCAGAAUUUUGCCAAUACGAACAUUCAAGAACAAAUUUUGCCAGAAUUUUGCCAAUAUGAAUGUUCAAGAACAAAUUUUGCCAGGAUUUUGCCAGAAUUUUAUCAAUAUGAAUGUUCAAGAACAAAAAUUUUGCCAAUAUCAAUGUUCAAGAACAAAUUUUGCCAGAAUUUUGCCAAUUUUGCCAAUAUGAAUGUACAAAACCAAAUUUUGUCAGAAUUUUGCCAAUAUCAAUGUUCAAGAACAAAUUUCAUGAGAAUUUUGCCAAUACAAAUGUUCAAGAACAAAUUUUGCCAGAAUUUUGCCAAUAUGAAUGUUCAAGAACAAAUUUUGCCAGAAUUUUGCCCCCUGUUUUGAUCACCUGCAGGUUAAGAGCUCCCCGUGUUUUAUUCCAAAUCUUUCCAAUGAACUACAGAAUGUUUUAUAGAACUAUUUUUGUUUUUUUCUGUAUGAAAGUCUUGGAUACGAAAGAAUUAUUGUACAGUGUAUAUGUAAAGUAUUAUAACAAUGUGCUAUUAAAAAAAGAAAAUGAUUCACAAA